GUGGGGGGGACGCUUGGCAGCCGAGGGCAUCCUCGCCGGUGCCCGCUGCCCGCUGCCCGCUUCCCAUCAGACUCCCCCCGACUACCGAAUUCUUUCUCGACGCUCACACAACGGUCGUCAUCGUUGCUCCAUCGUCCAGCUCUCGUCUUGCCUUAGCCGCCCUGCAUAUUCCCCAAACAGACUAGGUUUUCCCGACCCAGCUCAGACGACGGGUGCUCCCGAUCAGAUCCCGAAACCUGAACCACCCGUUCUCACUUCUCAGGCCCUCACGUCAGCCUGUCAUCACCACUCAUCAAUCAUCAACCAUGUCUGCCAUCCAGAAAUGGUCGAUCUCCGAGCCGUAUGUCGACGUACCGGGAACCUUGCUCGAAGGUCCGUUCCACGACGAGGCCAGAAAUGAGUUCCGUUUCGUCGAUAUCUGGGAGCAUAAACUAUACGCUCUGGACCUUGCGAAGGGCCCAGACUCCUUGAAGGUCGUGGAUACGUCUGUAUCAGUAGGAGUGACCGCCAAUAUUGCGGGCAACGAUGCCCGCAAGGAUGAUAUCGCCGUGGCCGCAAAACAUGGGUUCGCCCUGGUCGAUCGCAACACCGGUUCGAUGUCGUAUAUCCGGAAGGUAUGGAACGACCCGGCCAAGGACCACAGCAUGCGUUUCAACGACGGGGCAGUCGACAGCCACGGGCGAUUCUGGGCCGGGACCAUGAACGACCCCAAGGUAAAGAGCCCAGUCGCCGAAGGCGUGCUAUUCAGGCUAGACCCGGACUUGCAACUGCACCGCAUGGUUGAACAGCUGACGAUUCCCAACGGGAUUGGCUGGAAUCCCGCGAAUGACACUAUGUACCUGACCGACUCGCCCACCGGGAAGAUCUACGCCUUUGAUUUUGAUGCAGAGACCGGCAACAUCAGCAACCGUCGGGUUCACUUUGACCUGGGGGAUCCCAAGGAGCCCGAUGGCUUUGCCAUCGACGAGGAGGGGUGUAUCUGGAGUGCUAUUUACGGUGGUGGGAAGGUGAUCCGUAUCUCGCCGGAGGGAAAGGUCAUUGGUGAAAUCUCGCUGCCCACCCGAAACAUCACCUGUCCGGCUUUUGUGGGGACGGAGCUCUUCAUCACGACUGCCAAGGACGAUGUGAACAAUGACCAGUUUCCGGAAUCCGUCCGGUACGGAGGGCGACUCUAUAGAGUAGACGUCGGCGUCAGGGGCACGCCCAAGAACACGUUUCGGUUGCAUUGCUAGUCUAGUAUAAGCCGAUUAUUAGCUUGACAAUGAAAUUAAU